AUGUCCAAGGUCGAGCUUCUUCUUCUUGACUUUUGGGUUAGUCCCUUCUGCAUGAGGGUGAAGAUCGCUUUGAACGAGAAAGGCCUUCAAUACGAAGCUCGACCGGAGGACUUGUUCGGUGGUAAAAGUGAGUUGCUUCUCAACUCUAACCCCAUCUACAAGAAAGUCCACGUGUUCCUGCACGACAUGAAACCCCUAUACGAGUCCACCAUCAUCGUUAGCUACAUCGACGAGACCUGGUCUUCCCCUCCACUGCUCCUACCGUGCUCGUAUGGUCAAGCUCAGGCACGCUUCUGGGAUGAUUACAUUGAUAGAAAAGUGGUAUUUGAUACAUGCAGAAAUAUAUGGAGAUGCAAAGGGGAGGUACCGGUGAAAGCAAAAAAUGAGUUUAUAGAAAUAUUGAAGCAGUUGGUGAAAGAUAAUUCUGUGGUCGAAAGGCAGAAACUUGUGGAGCUUGAGAGACUGCAGAAAAUUGAGGAAUUUGAGGUGCAGAAAAUUGAGGAAUUUGAUUUGGAAGAAGCCUUGGGGGACAAAGAAUACUUCAAUGGUGCCACAUUCGGGUUCGUCGACAUCAUCGCGAUCCCUCUAACCUACUGGUUCUUCUCGAUCGAGAAGAUAGGUGGAUUUACGGUGACGGCGGUGUGUCCCAAGUUUUCGAGGUGGACGAAGAGGUGUUUGCAGAGGGAGAGCGUGGCGAAAGUCGUGCCCGAGCCCGAAAAAGUGUACGAGUUUGUCUUGAUGUUUAGGAAAAUACAGGGCAUCGACUGAGAGAUGAUUCUUUUUACCAUUCGUU